AUGGUCCAAUCUUACAUAGCAUAUCUAGCUUUUGCAACUGUUUCUAACAUUACCAUCGAUCAAUCUGCUCUUCUUGCCUUAGAGGCUCAAAUUUCUUACGACCCUAAAAAUGUUUUGACAAACAGUUGGUCCAGUGGCACCUCUGUUUGCAACUGGUUUGGUAUCACUUGUGAUUCCCGCCAUCUUCGAGUUACUGCAUUGAACCUUUCUUACAUGAACAUUGUAGGCACCAUUCCUCCACACGUAGGAAACCUUUCAUUUCUUGUCAGUCUAAGCAUUGAAAACAAUAGUUUUCAUGGCUCUCUGCCCAAUGAGUUGUCUCGUCUUUACCGGUUGCAACACUUAUCUGUUGGAUUCAAUAACUUUAGCGGAGAAAUCCCAUCAAGGAUGGGGCUGUUAUCCAAACUUCAAAAUUUGUCCCUAAACAGUAACAAUUUCACAAGAGGUAUUCCACCAUCUCUAUCUAACAUAUCUACGUUGGAAAUAAUAGAUCUCACAUAUAACAAGCUUUCGGGCUCCAUUCCUUCUUCCAUCUUCAACAUAUCCACCUUGCAAGGAAUUUAUCUUCGAAAAAAUAAGCUUUCUGGUACGAUGCCCUUCAUUAACACUUCUUCACUGCGAGUCAUUGAUCUCUACUCUAAUAAGUUGUCUGGUGAACUCCCAGAAGAUAUGUUUAGUCAUCUUCCUAGCUUACAAAGGCUUGAUUUGUCUUUUAAUCAGUUUUAUGGCGAACUUCCAUCCACUUUGUUCAAGUGCAAAAAGUUGCAAUAUUUAUCGUUGUGGUCUAAUAAUUUCACAGGAAGAGUACCUCAGGAAAUUGGGAACUUAACCAUGCUUACCAAGUUAUUCCUUGGCUCUAACGAUUUUGAAGGUACUAUCCCACCCACUUUGUUCAACUGCAAACAUCUGCAAAUUUUAUCAUUUUCGGCUAAUAGAUUCACAGGAAGUGUACCUUCAGAAAUUGAGAACUUAACUAUGCUCACAGCCUUAGACCUUAACAGCAACAACUUUGGAGGUAUGUUUAGUAGUCUUGAAGUCUUUAGUCAUUUAAGAAAUUUCAUUAUUUGUUUUGAAUGCUAA